GUGGGGGCAAAAUUCAAGAUGGCUGCUGUUUUGUGGAGAAUUGCUGGCGAAAGUGUGUUCCAGAAAUCUGUUUUACCCUGCAUAAACAUGAUUCCUGUACGCUACAAAACUCACAGAAAAUUUCCCACGAGGAAAAGAAUCAAUCCCUUCGUAAAACUUCGCACGGAUCUGAUAAAGAGAUUAGUGUUAGCCCUUGUACAACAUGAGCGCAUACAAACUACUCAUCACAAGGCAUUACAGCUGAAGAAAUAUGGUGAUCUGGUAAGAGCCUAGAAAAGGUUUCUGCGUAUUCCUAGUCGUACUAAAACUAUUUUUCGGUCCAUACUAUUGCGUUGUUUCCUCACAUCGGAUAAAGAAACUUUUCGCCAAUGUCACCCAGGCCCUCUCUUUCUCAGGGCUGGCUCUAUCCAGGGUGAACUGCAAACAGAACUGCAUGUGCAGGGCUGUCAACCCCCCUACGUCAUCAAAUAUUGAGAAUGGAUAGGGAAGAAAUGAUAGAUGAUGUCAUAUCGCACAACAAAUUAUGUCAUUUGUGCCAAAGAUGCUCAUUGAUUCCAAUCGAUGUAUAUAGCACAUAAACAGUUCAUAUUUAGCCACACUAUCGCUUAAAUUGUAGUGGCAUACCAGAAUUUUUUAGAGAAACAUUCCAUGCUAACAGUAGCUCAAACAAUGCAAAGUAUUUGAAAUUUUAUGGUCGGAAAGUCGAGUCCACAAGAAAUAGCAACUUUGGCGAUUAUCCGGGAGAUAUCAGACCCUAAUCUGGAGACCGAGAAUUACGGUCCAAAAUCCGAAGUCUCCUGGAUUAUCCGGGAAAGUUGACAGCACUACAUGUGAGUGGUUAUGGAACUUACCCUAGACUUGCAGUGAUAUUCCUUUUAACAAAUUGGCACCUGCCAAUGUUUUCUGAGUCAAAGGCAUGAGAUUUUCAUCUUGCCGGUGACUGGGGUUUUCGAAAACAUCCCAUCAACUUCAGAAGAUUUAUGCUGACAUCAGAACAUUGCUGAAAAUGUCCAAAGAUGUUUACAUGACCUAUGAGCAAUUCCUAAGCUAUUUGAAAGACAACAAUCUUAACAUGUUUUGAUUUUGUUAGGACACAGAGUCAUUAUUCAGCACCUUUUUGGAAUAAUUAUUUUUAUGGAAAUUGAAUUGAAUUUUCAUCAUUCAUUGUGUGUUAAAGGACUAUGUUUCUGGAUUUGUGUCACUCAUGCAGAAGAAAUAGUUCUUGAUGUGUUAGAUUGAUGUGUUAAGUCUACAGGCGUGAGAGCCAUCCAUAAUGUGUGAGAGUUCGCAGAUACAAAAUUGCUUUUACAAAAACAGGUGAUUUGUGGCACCUUCUCCAGCAUAUAAAGCCAUGUAACACUUGUGCUUUGGGUAGUAAUGCGGUGUGCAAGUUGUUUUAAUUUCAACAGUCAAACAUAAAAUAAACAUCAAUGCCAACUUGUGCCAAAUGACCACCUUGUAUGAAGGCAGAUGUCUCACCAUAAGUCUUGAAAUCUAGUUUAAUAAUGCUCUGCAUUUUUUGAAAUUUUUCUUUACAUUAUACCUAUAACUCCACCAUUUUCAGGUUAUUACCUUGAUGCAGCGACAACAUCCACCUCCAGAUUUAGAUAUGAUUGAGGAUGGUUGGGUUCUAACUGAGAAGGAGGCCGCAGAAAAAAUGAUCAAGAAGCGCUUAAUCAACAGAAUGAGUAAAAAGAUUGUUGUUCCACCUCAAGUUCAGGGAGAAAAAGAAUACAUGCAAAGAUGCAAGAAAAUUGCAUUGGAGAUGCUGCUAGGAGUAAGAAAUUUUUGAUAUAUCGCUAGAAAUUUAUAAAAAUUGACUUACAGUUCCCUGCUUGUUCAAAAAAAGGGAUAGUGCUAUCCGCUGGACAAAUCACUAUCCAGAGAAACCAGCUGUGUUAUCCACUGGGUAGAGAUUUACUCAGUGGAUAGCAUUAUCCACCAUUUGAACCACUGGGGCCACUGUUUGUGUAUGACUUUAAAACUCUGUGUUUUUACUUACGUGGUCAUUCUAUACCCCCCAGUCCCCAUGUUAGGCAAAAGUAACAAACUUUUGAAAAAGUAUCUUUUAAAACUAACAGUAGUUUACAUGUAUGUUCUCAUUGCUUAUAGAAUGAAGAAGCACUGGAUAAACUUUACACCACUCUGAAGGAAAGAUACAAGGACCGAUAUGGAAAUUUUGUUCAAAUUACCAAAAUUCCUAAUCCACCAAGAUCGACAUUCCCAAAUAUGGCUUAUGUUGAACUGAAAGAUAACUCGCUACCACCUUUGCCUAAGCUUCCGGUUGUUAAAAAUGGAAAAUGGGUUGUUUACGGAAAUGAUGUGGAUAAUAUUGAUGAUAAAUUGCAAGAGGAAAGUGCUGUAGUUCAAAGUCAGAAUUAG